UGGAACAAGCAAAAGAAGACUUGUUAAAACUCCUUGAGAAGAUAGCAGAAGAACAAAAAUAUGUGAAUCACACAAUAGAUCUUAAGGAGAUUAGUGCGGGAGGCUCAAACAUAACUUCCAUACUUUUCCAGUCCACGAUUCGAGCCGUCGGCAAGUCAGACCUUCACCUCUUUGCAAAAGUGGCCUCUAUGGGCGAAAAGGUCCAUCAAAACGCUCCGAUAUCCUGCCCGUUUACCACCGAGCUUUACUUCUACACUCAAGUUCAGAAGCAGUACGAAAUAAUUCAAGAGAAAUACGCCAUUCCUGAGGAUCAAAGAGUGCGUUUGCCGAAACUAUACGGCUGCCGCGACGAAUACUUAAGUGAGACAUUAGUGUUUGAAGACCUAAUCGCCCAGGGGUAUAAGAAUUUUAACAGGCAGAAAACCGCAAAUUUGGAAUAUGUGAAAACGGCGAUCGAUCUGAUGGCAAGGUUCCAUGCUUUAUCGCUAGCUUUUCACGACAAUGAUCCGGAUGCAUUUGACAAAGCAAGCGAAAAACUUAGGAUGGAUGUGUCUAAGAUGGUAGCAAUAACCGCUAUAAUGAAGCCGAAAAUGGUAUCUAGCGCUCUCGAAGUGGUGGAAGAUAAGUAUCGAGAUAAGUUGGAAAAGUUUUUAAAUCAGGAGCAGUGUCCUGUGCUGCAGUUUGCAGACAUGCUACGUAGCAAAAAUAAGAAAAUUCUUGUUCAUCGCGACUUUAAACCCAGCAAUUUGAUGCAUCGGCGCAGAAACGAAAAGCUGGAGAUAAUCCCAGUAGACUUCCAGGGGGUUAUAGACGGAGACCCACUGAACGACCUACUGUACUUCAUUUUCACCGCCACAGACGAAGAAUUCCGUCGCUUGCACCACCAUAACAUGUUGGACCUGUAUCACGAUUGCUUGACCAAAGCGCUGCGUCGGUUUAACAUCGAUGUUGAGACGGUCUACUCGAAAAGUACUUACAGAGAUCAGCUCAAGGAGUAUUCCAUGGUGGGCCUCACCAUGGCCGUGGUAGUUUUACCUAUGGUGCUGGCCGAGGAAGAGAAGAUUCCAGACUUCGAUACCUCAGAAAUAACUGAUUUCAUAGUGGAGGCCAGCAAGACUUAUAAGGAAAGACUGAACGGCAUCGUUAACAACUAUGUGCAGUGGGGACUUCUGUGAAGCGGUUCAUUGGUGGAUCCCUCAGAACAUACUACAGAGCGGACGUGUCGUAGUAGUUAUUAGUUCAUAGCGUACAGUGUCGUUGUGUGCGUGUGUGAAGACAUGACAUUAAUAAUAAAAUGUAUCCAACUAUAUUAGGAUCUUUAUUGUGUUUAAAUUUUUGGGAGUUUUUGAUUUUAUGCUCUUGAAUUUUUUUUUCAUUACCUACCUGCAGUUGGGCUUGGAAACAUCGCAGUCACAGUUUAAAUUGAUAAUUUUACGGAAUUUUCCCAUACCAAAGUGGCAUUUAUCUAAUGAUUUAUAUUAAUCAAUUUAUCAAACGAUUACCGUUAUCUCAGGCCAACGAUUUGUA